CUUGAAUUCUCUCACAUUCUUGAUCCUAAUCUGAUCACAAUGUUUCAAUGUUCUCGUUGCAAAUGUCAAGGGAGCUAAACUGGGCUUGAAUGAAUCCAGCAGCCGCCCAUGGCAUUAUACACACUCCAAGGAGCCAUUAGAUGCUCUUCGAAGGUAAAGUUCAAAAGGUGUCCCAACUUCGCUCCUCUUCGAAGAGCCUUCCUUAACCUUGUCUCUGUAUCGGGACUCUCUCUUUAUUCAAUUUGAGUAUUUCUUUUGUCAACUUUCCCGCAUAUCAUUAUAAUAUCACACGCCGGCGUGUGCAAUCUGUUUCUGUCAAAGUUCUUUUUCUAACCAUGCAUCUUACUUCUUCCUCGAUCACAUUGCUUGUACUCUCAGCCUUGAGUUCGGCUGGUCCGAUCCAUAAACAUCCGAGCCAGGUCCGCCAUGUAUUUGAGCCACAGCGGCGCUGGGUCGCCGACGGGCUUGGAUCGACAUUGGAUACACCGCAUAAACGACGCGAACAGUCCACACGUACCUUAUCAAGCAUAGAUCCCUUUGCGGUCCCGACAAGACAAGGAACGCAGGAUGGCAAAGUUGGAGCUGUCGGGGUUGGCGGAUCCAACACAAGUCUAUUGAGCCUUCUGACGCAAAGCCUAACAACAACAACUGCCACUGCAGCAGCUGUCGCAGUUGCUGCCACCGAUGAGUCGGCGCCAGCCACGGGCACCAACAUUCAAGCCCCGCAAGACAGUGGGGAAUCCACAACAACAGUACGAGUGCAGUCGACGAUCUUCGAGACCGUCUUCGUUACGGCUGCCGAGUCACAGCCUUCCACAGCGGCUGCACCCGUGGCUCCAGUCCCCGCAACAGUAACGGUGGUACUUGUGACGACGGAUGGGUCAACGAGCUUCAUCACCCUCGAUGGCACAUCGAUCCCACCAACUGCAAGUGAUGUGGUUGCUGCUGCGGCCCAGACAAGCAUUUCCGAAGACGAAGACAGCGCAGUUUCAAGCACCGUCACUGGAUCUGCCCUGCCCAGUGAGACCUUGACAAUCAGACCUGGACUGGGGUCGAUACCGGCUUCUGAGGCACGACCAGUGACACUAAGUGCCGCUGCACCACCGCCACCACCACCAGAUGCCGAGAUUGCAACAGCAUCUAGCCCACCAACCACUGCUGCACCUACGGUCACGGCGAGCAGCAGCUCCUCAGAUGCGGAUUCCCUGGCUGUAGUCCCCAUCACGCAGGAACCAGUCCAGCAGACUCAAAAUCAAAAUGAGAGUCUAUUUACUGUGACGGAAACGGUGACCACCACUGUGACGAGCAGUCCAUAAACCCAAUCGAGCCAUAAUGCCAAAGCAAGAGUCAAAGUACGUUAUGUUGUAUUGAAGCUGUAAAUAAUCAUGAGUCUGUUUUGCGUACAUAGUGGUAUCAUUAGC